CAAACGCGUUGAGAGCAAAAUUACGAGUUUCCGAUCAUCACAUAUUACCAUCAACCGCGAAACUAUAUCUCCUUUUGUUGUGUUGCAUUUUUUAUUUUUUUACGCUUAAGAAAAUUGUAUGUAAGGGUUCGCGAUGAGAAGAAGAAAGCACGGAGAUAGAGAAUGAAAAGUAUGCGAGAGCGUGGGAUUGAUGCUCGCUGAGUACGAAAGAGGAAAAAAAAAAUCUAUAAACAAGACGCACGGGAGAGAUAAUAAGGAGAAAAAAAAAAUAGAAUCCGAAGGUGCGGCUCGGGAUUGAUGUGGAUCUAUGCGGAGAAUGGAAAACUCGGACGGCGACUGGACGGGCAAUCGAAAACGAGUUAAAACUUUGGAAAGUUAUAAAAAAUACGAGAAGAAUACUCCGACGACGAAAAAGCGACGAAUCGUCAAAACGAAUAAUGAAUAUUUCGAUGAAAAUGUUAAUUUCGUCGCGAAGCGUACCACCGGUCGAAUCGGAAUUUCAUCGAUGCCCGUUGAAAUAUUACUCGAAAUAAUGUCCUACCUCGAUUGUCGAGAUUUAUAUUCGUUACAAGGAGUAUCCAAGUUCUUCGAGCGCCUCGUACUCGAGCCCAGUGUUUGGACUACCUACGAGGUUAGCAAUUCAGGGCCAACCACUUUGGAAGUUAUCGACGAAUUGAAAAGAAUGCCGCAUUUGAGAAGAAUCAGUAUCGAAGCGAGAAACGACUGCGACGACAUAUUACGACAAUUGUCGUGCAGCAACAAGAAAUUGCAGAGACUCAAUAUAACGAAUUGCACAGCAGGUACUUCGGCGAAUUUGUAUCUUCGUCCAGCUUAUCUGGUAAGGAUUCUCGAGAGAUGCUCAAGAUUACAUACGAUAACGAUCCGAGGAAGUCGUUUCCGGGGAUUAAAAUUUUAUCGUAUACUCGGUGACAUGGGUCAUCGCUUAAGAUUCGUCUCAGCAUCGACGACCUCCAAGCAAUUUCGUACGUUUGCGACGCACGUCAGUAAGGUCGACGAGAACGAGAGGGACGCUCUUUGCGCGAUGUGUCCUGGUGGCGCGCGUCGUUGGGGACCGUUGAGAUAUUACAUGAUUGAAAAAUCGGAUCGUACGAAAACCGCUCUCGUCAGUUAUUUUCAUCAUGAUUUUUUGUACGUUGAUUUACGUCCGGAUACCGAUAAAAAAACUGGGGAUAUGCCCACCGCUGCUGCCAACUCAUUUUCACCGGUUACCCUGUGCUCCUCUUGACGCAAACUUCACGAGCGAGUCUUCCAAUUCCAAAAUCUUGGUUUAUAACGCCCAAUUAUAGUCUCAAUUGUAUCGUCAUUGCGCGCCAUCGCUGCUCAAUCGACACGACUUUUUCCUUCAUUUAACAAAUGUG